GCCUCGCCCGCCUCGCCUCGCCCGCCUCGCCUCGCCUCGCCUCGCCCGCCGACAUGGGGCUGCAGCCCCUGGAGUUCAGCGACUGCUACCUCGACAGCCCGUGGUUCCGGGAGAGGAUCCGCGCCCACGAAGCGGAGCUCGAGAGGACCAACAAGUUCAUCAAGGAGCUCCUCAAGGACGGCAAGAACCUCAUCGCCGCCACCAAGAGUCUUUCUGCGGCACAACGGAAGUUUGCACACUCCCUCAGAGACUUUAAAUUCGAGUUCAUCGGGGAUGCGGAGACGGACGACGAGCGCUGCAUCGACGCCUCGCUGCGUGAGUUUUCCAAUUUCCUGAAGAACCUGGAGGAGCAGCGGGAGAUCAUGGCGUUGAGUGUCACGGAAACCCUGAUUAAACCCUUGGAAAAAUUCAGAAAAGAGCAACUUGGAGCAGUAAAGGAAGAAAAAAAGAAGUUCGACAAAGAGACUGAAAAGAAUUACAGCCUCAUCGAUAAGCAUUUGAAUCUGUCAGCCAAAAAGAAAGACUCACACUUGCAAGAGGCAGAUCUCCAAGUGGAGCAGAACCGGCAGCACUUCUAUGAACUGUCUCUCGAGUAUGUUUGUAAGCUUCAGGAAAUCCAAGAGAGGAAGAAGUUCGAAUUCGUGGAACCUAUGCUGUCCUUUUUCCAGGGAAUGUUCACUUUCUAUCAUCAGGGACACGAACUUUCCAAAGACUUCAAUCACUACAAGAUGGAACUACAGAUCAACAUUCAGAACACGCGGAACCGGUUUGAAGGAACCCGGUCGGAGGUGGAAGAACUGAUGAACAAAAUCCGGCAGAACCCCAAGGACCACAAGCGAGCCAGUCAGUUCACCGCAGAAGGCUACCUGUAUGUGCAGGAGAAAAGGCCUGCCCCGUUUGGAUCCAGCUGGGUCAAACACUACUGCAUGUAUCGGAAGGCGGCCAAGAAGUUCAACAUGAUCCCAUUUGAGCACAGAUCUGGGGGGAAACUCGGCGAUGGAGAAGUAGUCUUCUUGAAGGAAUGUACCAGAAGGCAUGCGGACUCCAUUGACAGGAGGUUUUGUUUUGACAUCGAAGCUGCUGACCGGCCGGGCGUUUCCCUGACCAUGCAAGCGUUUUCAGAAGAGGAAAGGAAGCAGUGGUUGGAAGCUCUGGGCGGAAAAGAAGCCCUGUUCCCCGGGUUCAAUAGAGCCAUCAUCCCAAGACCGGAAGGAAGUGCACAGCUGGAUAAGAUGGGGUUCACGAUUCUCAGGAAAUGCAUCAGUGCGGUGGAAACGCGAGGUAUAAAUGACCAAGGAUUGUACAGAGUUGUGGGGGUGAGCUCAAAGGUCCAGAAACUUCUGAGUAUGUUGACAGAUGUCAAAACAUGCAAUGAGCUGGACCUGGAGAAUUCCAUAGAUUGGGAAGUGAAGACCAUCACAAGUGCCCUGAAGCAGUAUUUGAGGAGUCUUCCAGAGCCUCUCAUGACCUAUGAGCUACAUGGAGAUUUCAUCGUUCCUGCCAAAAGUGGCAGCCCGGAAUCUCGAGUGAAUGCCAUCCAUUUCUUGGUACACAAGCUGCCGGAGAAGAAUAAAGAGAUGUUGGAUAUUUUGGUGAAACACUUGACCAACGUUUCAAAUCACGCCAAGCAAAAUCUCAUGACGGUGGCAAACCUGGGCGUGGUGUUCGGACCCACGCUGAUGAGGCCCCAGGAGGAGACGGUCGCGGCCAUCAUGGACUUGAAGUUUCAGAACAUCGUCGUGGAGAUCUUAAUCGAAAAUCACGAGAAGAUUUUUCGGACCUCGCCCGAUACCACAUUCCCUGAGCCCAGCAGCCUGUCUCCGUCACCCCCAAAUGCUCCGCCCAGGCAGUCAAAGAGACAAGGCCAGAGGACGAAGAGACCUGUGGCCGUCUACAACCUUUGCCUUGAGCUGGAAGAUGGCGACAGUCCCAAUCCUCCCAGAGAAGAUACCCCCACCAGCAGCCAAGACUCGCUCUCCUCCCCCUCACCCACGACGGCGGCCGCCCAGGGACUUCCUGGGCCAGAGAGAAAUCACCUGCUAGCGGAUGGAGGGAGCUCUGGGGACUGGGCCUCCACCUCGCUGAGCCAGACCCGGACGCCCAUGGUGGAGUGGCUGAACCCGCAGCGUCCCGGCACGCCGGGCUCCAACCCCGCCGUCACCCCGCCGUCUCCCGGGGCGACGCCGUCGGCCGCGGACAAGCUAACCGAGAGCGUCCUCAGCCGGAAGGCCCGCGCCGUGUACCCCUGCGAGGCGGAGCACAGCUCGGAGCUGUCCUUCGAGAUAGGCGCCAUCUUCGAGGACGUGCAAAGCUCCCGGGAGCCCGGCUGGCUGGAAGGGACGCUGAACGGCAAGAGGGGGCUCAUUCCACAGAACUACGUCAAGCUGCUGUAGCACCUGCCCCCCGCCGACCUGGGCACCCCCCCGCCCCGCCCGGAGCCGCACCUGCACACCGCGUCCACGCCAGGGAGCUCGGGGAUCACCGCUGCCCCAGGGCCGGGCAGCUGCUUGGAGCCGGGCCUCGGGCCCCGCAGAGCGGACUUGUCACGUGUGGACUGGAGAUCGUGAAUUAUCCAGGCUGGACGGCCAGCCACCCGGUGCCCCGGACCAGGUACUCCUCCGCCACCAUUCUCCAGACCCUGGAGGACCCCUCCCCUCCCAGCCCCGCAUGGGGACCGAGCAGACUGCAGGGGUCCAGCCUGCCCUCCCCCACCCACCCUGGCCAGCCUCCUGGGCACCACACGCCUAUUUAUAGCAGCUUCUCCUUGGUGCUCCCCUCCUGUGUGCUGUUAGCCCUCUGUACAUGAAAUAAAACAUCAUUUACUACUUGGCUGGUCUCGC